AGCGGAAAUGGUCGAAAAAACUGAAUAGGAACUUGAUGGGUUUUGCAAUGGUUAUGCAUGGACUUGAAACAAGGAUUGAGCACUAGGAGAUGUCCUCCAGAAGUUGAACUGGAGGCGGUAAUGGAGUAUAUGCACGAGUGCCUGCGUGCAAAAAAGGUUCCGUCUUGGGUUAUAUGGGCCUUCGUCGCUUGCUUUCUUCUCAUCAUUGCUGUUCUUUUCUUGGAUUAUUGCGUUAUUCGGCGAAAUGCGCUCGGUAACACCUGCUGCUCUCGUUCUCGAAAAGCUGGACCUGCUUCCUCACAGAAACGUACCACAAAUAUGCUUCUUAAUGUAUGAAGAUAGGUUUGUGAAAGGAAGUCUUCUUCUCUGGCAGAUUCUUAUGGAAUCUGAACCGUAGUCAUUAACAUUCAAAUUGUCAGAGAGGUGUCUAUCGUAAGGCGCGGAUUACCCACUCAAUAUAGUCAGAAUGGCAUUCAAUUACACUGAAAGUAAGCUUGCAGGGCUCCAAAUACUUUUUAGAAUUAUGAGCCAGUUUAGCAAAAGCUUUUGUAGCACUGAG